AUGUCUUCCACAACCAAGACUACAGGUAAGUCUACUUUUGGAGUUGAGUUGGAGUUUCUCGCUCUCGUCCCUGGUGAAUAUAAUUUCACACCUCACCAUGCCGUCUAUGAAUUCCUUCAAGAAAAAGUCACCCUUCCUUGCCCCUUCAACUGCGAGNCAAAAAGCCACGACCUUAGACUGCCCGUUGACGCCGAGACACCAGCCUUCUGGGCACACCAUGAUGACCUCAACGAGUACAAGACCUGGAUCGUCACCCGUGAUUGCAGCGUCAAACUCACUAGUGACGAGAAAAUUCUAUAUCCUGACGACUCCGUUGUGAGCGAUGUUGAGUUCCCUUCUCGUAUCCUCGAUUUUCACAAUCCUAGCCCUUGUCCUCACGGUCAGGUCUGGCCUUGCAAUGGGCAGCCUCUGAUGUGGGAUUGGCGUGAUGAGAUUGCUGUCAUCAUCAACACUUUAAAGGAGAGGAUGAAUAACCCUGGCUACAGAGUGUUUUGCAACAACACUUGUGGUAUGCAUGUUCACAUCGGCCGCGAUAAGUUUGGUUUUGACCUCAAUAACACCAAGAAUAUCAUGGGUAUGUUUACGGCUUUUGAACGUUGCUUUGAUUCUAUACUCACUGUUGACCGCAUUGCUGGAUAUGAGAAUGAUCACGCUGCUUUACCUGCUCUCAAGAUGGAAGAUCCAGACAACUCGAUCAUCCCAUGGCAAGCCUCUCCUGGUUGGAAAUACACUCUCCCCCUUUCGGUUCGUCAAUUCGAGUACUUAGGUCAUGACUUGAUGGUCGCUUACGGCGCAAACGACUUUUUGCAAUGGGAUCAACUAAAUAGAAAUGGUGCCGCUGUGCCCUACUGGCUACACAGAAUCUAUGAAACCACUGGGUUUGCUGCUCUCGGUGAGUACAGUACCGCCCAUCAAGCUUCAGUGAACCUCGAGCACGUCGUCCAUAACGAUACCAAAAAGCCAACUAUCGAGAUCCGUCUCCACCAAGGUACCUUGGUCCUCAACGAAAUACUCGCUUGGAUAGAUCUCCUCGUCAACCUGUCCAUCUACGCAGAAUCCACUUCUACAACUGCUGUCCUUGCUGCCCUUGAAUCAUCUUAUGCUAAUCCUUCACUAACAAUCGUCGAUAUAGCAAGACUGGUUUCUGCCUCUGCAUCAACAAUAUCACACUACACUUCCUUUCUCACACCAACCUACUCCUUUAACCUCUUCAACACAAUCAUCUCUUCUCAACCCAAUGACUCUCUGUCUGCUCUCUACGCCUACAAUGCAAGAAACACCAGCUCUCAAACCCACUCUGUCGCCAUCUCUACCCGUAUAACUCAAAAGCUAAUCUCUGGCCGAUAUGGCCAAUUCCCUGUGGACUUUUUGAGUAAGGUGCUUCCUGACAAGGUUAAANAGGCUGCGAGCAAGGAUGCGAGAUUCUUGAGUGAUGAGAUGGGUGUUGAGGGAUUGGAGGACUGGAGUGCAGAGGUUGAAAAGGUGGUUGAGAAGGAUGUGGAGAGGAAGAGUGGAUAUAGGAGUUACUAA